GGGCGCUGCCGGAGGCGGCGGCGGCGGCAGAAGCGGAAGCCGGGCUGGAGGCGGCCGCGCGGACUCGCUGACUCCUUCCGCUUCCGCUGCCGCCGCCACCGCCGCGGGUCCGGGCCGAGUCGCCGUCGUCUCCCCUCAGCCGCCGUCCCCGCCGCCGCCAUGCCGCUGGAGAACCUGGAGGAGGAGGGCCUGCCCAAGAACCCCGACCUGCGCAUCGCGCAGCUGCGCUUCCUGCUGAGCCUGCCCGAGCACCGCGGGGACGCCGCCGUGCGCGACGAGCUGAUGGCCGCCGUGCGCGACAACAACAUGGCUCCUUAUUACGAAGCCUUGUGCAAGUCCCUGGACUGGCAGACAGACACGGACCUGCUCAAUAAAAUGAAGAAGGCAAACGAAGAGGAGUUGAAACGUUUGGAUGAGGAGCUGGAAGACGCAGAGAAGAAUCUGGGAGAGAGCGAAAUCCGAGAUGCAAUGAUGACAAAAGCCGAGUACCUCUGCAGGAUAGGUGACAAGGAGGGAGCGCUGACAGCCUUUCGCAAGACAUAUGACAAAACCGUGGCCCUGGGUCACCGGCUGGAUAUUGUGUUCUAUCUCCUUAGGAUCGGCUUAUUUUAUAUGGAUAAUGAUCUCAUCACACGAAACACAGAAAAGGCCAAAAGCUUAAUAGAAGAAGGAGGAGACUGGGACAGAAGAAACCGCCUAAAAGUGUAUCAGGGUCUUUACUGUGUGGCUAUUCGUGAUUUCAAACAGGCAGCUGAACUCUUUCUUGACACCGUGUCAACGUUUACAUCCUAUGAGCUCAUGGAUUAUAAAACGUUCGUGACCUACACUGUGUAUGUGAGCAUGAUUGCCUUAGAAAGACCGGAUCUCAGGGAAAAGGUCAUUAAAGGAGCCGAGAUUCUGGAAGUGUUGCACAGUCUUCCGGCAGUUCGGCAGUAUCUGUUUUCGCUCUACGAAUGUCGCUACUCGGCUUUCUUCCAGUCCUUAGCGAUUGUAGAACAGGAAAUGAAAAAGGACUGGCUCUUCGCCCCCCAUUACCGGUACUACGUGCGGGAGAUGAGGAUCCACGCGUACAGCCAGCUGCUGGAGUCCUACCGCUCGCUGACCCUCGGCUACAUGGCGGAGGCGUUCGGAGUCGGGGUGGAGUUCAUUGAUCAGGAACUCUCCAGAUUUAUUGCUGCUGGGAGACUACACUGCAAAAUAGAUAAAGUGAAUGAAAUAGUCCGCUGA